AUUUUAUUCGAAUUUUCUGAAAUUUUGUGCCAAUUGAGUUGGGCUAUUUUGUCUAAAUGGCAGACUCACAUUUAAGCCGAACCAUAAUUGAUGAAUGCUUCACUCAAGCUACGGAAUACGUUUGAUUUUUUUGAUUAGUCUGUUGCUCGAUUUUGCCGAAAAAUUUGAUUUUUGAAGCUUGGUCUUUUGGGUCAAGUCUCCUUAAACGGAAAAUUCAGAUUCAGGCCGUGCCACGAGUUGUGACUGAUUUACUUUGCCUGCAGCGUUAAUGCGAAGGAAAACUUUUUUCGGAUUUUGGCUAUCUUGCUAGAUUUUCUCAAAAAUUUGGAACUUUACAGCUCGGUAUGUUGUUGAAAUUCGGCCCAAAUGGCAGAUCCACUUUCGAGCCAAUUCAGGACUUGUGAAUGUUUCACUGAAGUUGCAUCAUUAAUAGUUUUUUCCAUGAGGCACUAUUUAUUAGUGAAUUUGGGCCCUUUUUCAAAAAGACUCACUAACAGGCUGUCGUUUAGAAUACAAAUUAUUUUCUCUGAUCCAUUGCGUUGUUUUUGUGCUUGUAAUCAAAUAAUUUUUGAGACUUUUCAAAAGCUUUGGUGCAAAGUUCUUUUCCAUGCGAAGUUCCAACCUCCAAUGCCGUCCAAAAUAGAGUCUCUAGGGAGUUCAUUCUUGUGCCAAUUUAAAUUUAAAGAGCAAAGGUUCUUCUCAUAUCGUCCACUGUGUGGUUUAUGAGCUCUGAAACAUCAAAUUUUAAUGAUUUUUCAAAGUGUUUUGUUCAAUUGUGCGAAUUUUUAAAAUCGAGUAACGCGCAAAAUAUUACUGCAAGAGCAUUCUUUCGCGUGCCAUUUUAAAGGAAAAAGUGUUCUCUAAUUGUGCAUAGAAUCGUUUUUCUGCGAUUAAUCAGAGAAAUUUUGAUUUUCAAAAUUUUUGGUGCAAAUUUUCACGUUUUUUGCAUGAAAAGUUUCUCCAGUGGUGCCCGAUAUUGGGUUUCUAAGGGGUUCACCUUGUGUCAUUUUAACGAGAAAAGUCUUGCUUCUGAUCAACCGCUGCGUGGUUUCUGUGCCCUCUAUUAGGAAAUUUUCGCAAUUUUUUUAAGUUUUUAGUGCAACUUUCCCCGUCUUUGGGAACCGAAGUUUUAAGUUCCACUGGCGCUCAAAAAAGAGGCUCUAAGGACUUCGCUCUUGUGUUUAAAAAGCUAUAUUUCUCAGCCAACUGCCUGUUGAAUGGUUUUUGUGUCCUUAAACAGAUAAUUUUGGAGAUUUGUCAGUCUUUGGAGCAACUUUUCACGCGAUUUGCAUGCCAAGUUUUCACCUCUGGUGGCGCCCAAAAUAAAGCUUCUAAUGACUUCGUUCUUCUACCAUUUUACAGAGCAAAGUCUCUUCUCUUGUUGUUCGCAGUGUUGGUUUUGUGCUCUCGCACAGAGAAUUGGCGUGAUUUUUUUAACUUUUUAUUGAAACUUUUCAGCCCGUUUGCAUGUAAAGUUCCAACCCCCAGUGGCGCUCUAAAUUGAGGUUCUAAAGGGCGGUGCUAACAAACUUCUUCAGUUGUGUAGUCCGACGAAAAAAGAUGAUUUUGUUUUACAAUAUAAAAGAGCCUCACGGGUCAACAUUAACAAACUUUUCAGUCAAAUGCAAAAAGCAAAAGUUCAGGGUGCAGGCUGUCGAAAAGAAUUGAAACUGCGAAACUGGACCAAGUAGUAACUUUUUGGACAAACAUUUGGACAGCACAAAAGCGACUCUAAAUUCCAACGUGACAAAAUUUCACUCAAAUGUAAUUUAUAAGCAAAUUUUUGGUCCACUCGUGCUUGCGAAACGUUCUUUUGCACAACGACCUAAAGUUUUACUCAAAUAAAUCAAUGGAAAUAUCCAUGCAUCAUACUAAACAAGCUCUUGCUGAUGAUCAGACACUUGAAUGACGCAGAUAUCGAUGUACUCAUUGUUAAGGUGGUGCUAGGCAAGGGACUAUGGCCCAAUUGCUGGCCAUUUUGUCAAUAAAUUACCCGCAUUGUUGACGAAAUUCCAUUAUUUAUUACGCGGUUCAAUAACCCGCUUGGUAAAUAAGGCCAAAGCUUUAUUAGCCCCUAUGGCUUUUCGUGGAAAUACCUACCAAGUUUAGAAUUAAUGGAAGAAAUGAUGUGGCAUUCCCUGUUGCAUUGACCUCUCAGCAUGGGAAAUUUUUCUAUGUAAAGCUACCGAAAGUUUGUUGCUGGAAAUGCUGAACUGGCACAAUUUGAUUCGGGAUUGGGAAAUCGAAUUCCACAGCCAUACGGAGGAGUUCGAAUCUGCGAACCGAAGCUGCUGGAAAGUUAAUUUCACGUGCAUUUGCGAUCUGAAUGGAACAUCCCCCGAUUCCGAUUAGUCCUUAAUAGGAGUAAUCUACUCGACAAUGAAUUUUAUUAGUCAGCUAAUCGCAUUUGUCGGUUUGAAUUGAUUUGUCUGACGGCGUCUAAACCGCAGGAGAAAUGAUCCAAAUGGGGAUGAAUUUCCAAUUUGUGCCAGUUACCAUCUUACCACGUUAAAUGUGGCCAUUUUUUGCUAGUUGAUGGUUGACUUCAUCGAAAACAUAAAUUGAUUAAGUGUCGUCAACACUGUUUACACCCCGCAUAUAAACAUGUGUACGCAACGACGAGAUUGUGAGAAUUUGAAUGCUGAUAACAAGCCUGUUUAUUAACCGGAUAGUUUACCGAAAUUACCCAAUUUACUGCCAUUCUAUUCUAAUUAAGAUUAUCAUUUUCAUUAGCCCCCGGUUCACGCGGCAAAUCCCAAGUUCAAAAAUCCUUCAAGCGAAGUUCAGUCAAGAAAAAUUGGAAAAUCAGUGUUCACAGAACAACUCAAAUGCAUAAAACUCUUCGAUAGCCGGCAUGCUCUGUUUCGAGAUGCGUUUAGUGCAACGGUUUCGCAAAGAGAAACAAACCGAAGAAUCCACGUCACGGGACAGAUCGAAAAGUGUGUGCGUUUCGAAUUUCAGGAAUAAAUCGCCUCGGGAUGUCAGCGCCCUGAAGCUGAUCCACAGGAGAGCUAGCUCAGCUUUUUCAACUGCCAGUGACCUGAUAUCCAGAAGGGGCGUGUUUUCCAGACGAUAUUAUGGAUCGGUUGAACAGCUGCAACAGCCAGAAGUGGAUGGCCAUGAGCACUGCAGGAGAUUUCGCAUUGAAAAUGGCGACUCUCCAGGAGAAAAGGACGAAAUGUUUGGCUCACCCAGCACUCCAGUGCUGGAAAAUCCAGAGUACCAAACCAGGUGGUACUUUAAGUAUUUUCUUGGAAAGCUGCACCAGAACUACAUUGGAGUGGACAACGACAAAUCCCCGUUUUUCCUCAGCAUUGUGAUGAAUGAGGACAACAACAGCCUCGUGCCUCUGUACAGGGCGAUACUGUUCAGAAAAUGUGGCGCCCACAAAAUAUCGUUGCCAAUUCCCCAAAACAAAGUGCUAACCGUCAAGCAGAUCCUGUCCAACUUCCCCAACAUGGACAAAGUGGAGAAGGGCCCAAAGGAGAUUUUCACGCCGGACAUUCAAAAGGACCUGCUGCUGCUGGAGGAACAGGAAGGGUCCGUGAACUUCAAGUUUGGGGUCAUUUACAUGAAACAAGGCCAGAAUAGCGACGAUGAAAUGCUCAGCAACGAACAUGGUAGCAACAAGUUUGAGCAGUUUCUCACCUUAUUGGGAGAUCGAGUUCGGCUAAAGGGCUGGGAUAAAUACCGGGGCGGGUUGGAUACUAAAGGCGAUAUGACCGGAAAAUACUCGGUAUACACAGUCUAUGAAGGCCACGAAAUCAUGUUCCAUGUGUCCACUCUGUUGCCAUAUUCGCGGGAUAAUCGUCAACAGGUGGAGAGGAAAAGACACAUUGGCAACGAUAUCGUCAACAUUGUCUUCAUUGACAUGGAGGAGGAUGACCAGAAUGAAACGGCCCAUGCCCAAUUCAAUCCCACCUGCAUUAAGUCGCAAUUUACUCAUAUUUUCGCAGCGGUAAGCGUUAGUUCGAACGGACAUUAUCGACUUUCCGUGUUUUCUGAUGAGGCUGUUCCCCUGUUCGGACCUGGACUUCCGUGUCCUCCGAUGUUUAGCGACCCGUACGCAUUCCGAGAGUUUCUACUGGUGAAACUCAUCAAUGGGGAAAAGGCCACCUUCGAAACGCCAACAUUUGCCAGAAAACGGCAGAGAACUCUGGAAAUGCUUAUCAAGGAUCUGCAUUCCGAACAUGUCACCGAUGCUCGAAUUACGAUGCUGAAUCGAAGAGCAUUUUCCGAUGUAUUGGCUGAAACGCCUCGCCACUCAAGACUCAAAGAGGACUCCCGCCAAAUUGAAUUCGUCCGAAUUGGCCAAGCCCUCAAACUGGAAGCGAUUGUCCGAGGAGAUGCACCUACAAGUCUGGCCAGCACUGGAGCAGCAGGAACGGUGUUCAAAAGAUCGCCAUGGGAAGCAAACUGCUUCUACCCGGUAUUCCCGUCUCAUCCCAUCGCCUGCGGCGACUCAUGGGGGGAAAACCGUUUAGUAGUGGCUACUGAGGAUGGCACUUUUGUGGUCGAGGAUGGAACCUCUCACAGGCAAAUCUUUGACAAAUCCCUUCAGGUUCGCCAAUUGAACGUGGUGGAGCCCCAUGGUAUAAUCUUGCUCAGAGCCGGCUCCGCCCACAAGGACUGCAAGAUUUAUGUUUUCAGGUUGUCGCAAAUCGAAAUGACGACCGAAAUUUUCACGCGAAUCGAUGUGAAAGAACAUCGAAUGGAACGCACACGAGGAGCGCACUUAUAUUCAAUAUCACGAGCAGGUGGAGCUCGGCUUCGAAUGUGCGUAGCUAUCGGCAGAAAACUGUUGAUGUUUCAAUGGAAACACUCUGCUGCCUGGACUGCUUGGUGUCCUGCAAGCGACACAGACACUGUGGAAGGUUUCUCCUUCUUCUGGGAGCUCAAUCUGAGCGAGCAACCAUCCAUUCUAACCAUCCUGGAUAACGUCUGGAGCCCCAUUUCGCCCACACAUGGUGAUAUCUUGGUUUGCGUCGGCUACAAGAACCACUGGGAUGUCGUAAAUGGACGAUCCGGACAAGCGCAACAUUUAUACACGGUGGAAGGGACCAGAACGCAUUUGGUGGCUGCUUUGGAUCUGUACGAGGACCAGGAGAUCCAGCUGAUGCUUUGCUAUAACCAUACUUGCCAUUUCCAGAAGCUAAAUGAAACCAUCAACUGCGAGGCGAUGAAUUUCGAUUUUCAUUGGAACUCUGCCCCAACAGAUAUUGUCUGUGCCUUUCCAUACAUAAUCGCUUUCACAUCCAACACAAUGGAAAUCCGGCUGGUAGUCAAUGGAAAUCUGAUCCACACCAUGAGCAUGCCCAAGCUGCAACUAAUCACCAGCAAAAACGACAUUUUCUUCGCCACCACCGCUCCAGAGUUUUUCCCGAACAAAACCGACCGACUUUACGUGGACAUCAGGCAGCAGGGGCUGCAAAAAGUCUCGCCACCCUCGAGCCCAAACGCAUCGCCCGAAGUGAAGCCAUUGAGGAUUUACCGAAUACCCAUUCAUGCUCUCAGCAGGGCUCCGCAUCCAGACCAUUCAAGAACGUGCUCGCCUCCCGUUUGGAAGUCUGCCGACUCAAAACUAGCGGUUCCUGAUCAGCCGCGAGUAUCCAGAAGCGCCAGCAGUUCUCCAGUACCUCCAGUGCGCGCGAGACUUCAACCCGCUGCAAUAAAAUGAUAGUCGUUUGCUUUACAUAGGGUUAAGUACCUUUAAUUCUGACUAUUUUUUUGCUGUAUAUACUUUUUCUACUUCCUCACCCUUCCGGGUCGGCUGAUGCCCUUUUUUAAUGUACAAUAUUCAAUAUUCACCCAAGGAAGUGAGACCCUUUCACCCGUUUUAACUAAUUAGCUGAUACGAUUAGCAUUUGACUGACUUUCUAAGGAAAACACCCAAUGUAUUACUUAAACAUUGAACUGUAGUUGUAGGAAACCGGUGUUAAAUCGCACAAAUAUUCGAUCAAAAACUGCGGGAUCAUGAAAAACAUUUAAAAAAUGCGGACAAAAUCACUUUAACUGGAAAAUUAGUCACACAUAUAACCAAAUCCUCUCUAAUCUGUCCAAGCUUGUAACGUUUUUUACUGCGCGGCAGGUACAAGUAUUAUAGAUAAAUGAUAGGUUCUGUAAAUAAAUAACUUCUAUGUAUGUAUAUUCUAGGAAAUUGCACGCUUUGAUCAAUUUAACGCAAAAAAACUAAGUUAAUUUCUCAUUUUCCCAGAGGCAAGUGCCUCUCUGGAGUGUUCGGAUAAACGGGUUAAAAUAACGCUUGUAUUCCUUUAACCCUGAUGUGAAUUUAUUGCCGUUAUCGGAUAAAUAAGCUGUUGAAUUCACAGCAAGGACAAGGGACUUAAAGGGUGAAGAAACAGGCAAUAAAUGCCCAAUAACCCUCUACAGUUUCAAAAAUUUCUUCGUGUGUGUACAUUUCUAUGAACCCAGCACUUUUAUCUAUAGCGCGGUGUGAGUAAAGUAGCAUAUAAUCGUUAAGCCAGAAAGCAUAUCCAGUUUAUAACAAAGCCUUUAUAUCAUGUUGAGACAUUUCAAUGUUUAUCAGAUGCUUUUUCGGGUAAAAUCCAGCAACAAUUUAUUAAAUUAAACUAAGGUUUUCUGUGAUAAACUAUCUUCACUUGUGAGAUGGAACCUUGCAAUAUUCAUCAGUACUACGGUACUAAUAGAAAACGUUUUCAAAUGAAAAUCAAUUCACUUGCACAUUUUAUUACAUAUAUACAUAUUCUUCGGUCCGUAUAACAAAAUAAACAUUUAGUGAAAACAA